AUGAGUGGUGGAGGUGGUGGAGGCGUUAGCGUCGGCAUUAGCAGCGGCAGUGGUAGCGGCAGCAGUAGUAGCAGCGCGGCUGCCAUCAAUGCCGCUGCCACAUUGCAUUGUCUCACCUCGGUGGGCAGCAGUCAUAGCAGUGGCGGCAGCGGUAGCAUUAAUGGCAGUGGUGGUGGUGGUGCCGGUGGCGUUGGCAUUGGCAGCAGCGGUGGUGGCAGUAGUCUGGGUGGUGGCGGUGGCGUACAUGCAAGUUUAGGACUCACGGCGAUGGGUAUGGCAGCGGGCUGCGGCGGCGGUGGCGGUGGAUUGAGUGCAUUCGGUAGUGGUGCUGGCAGUUUAGCGGCGUUCAGUGGCGGUGGCGGCAGUAGCAGCAGUUCCAGUGGUAGUGGCGCAAAUCAUCAUCAUCAUCAUCACAAUGGUGUGGUUGGUGGCGGCGGUAAUAAUUUGAAUAUAGCAACUGCAACCCUAACGGCUGCUCCAACGCAUAGCGUCGGCGCGAGCAGUGGCUUCGGCAGUUUGGGCGGCCUCAGUGUGGGUGUUGGUGUCGGUAUGGGAAUGGGUAUGGGCGGUGGCAACCUCAACUCGCUUGUUGUUGGUAAUCGAUUAAUGAACACAGGCUUACCAACGAUAUUGAAAUGA